CUCUUUCUCUCUCCUCUCCAAGAAGAGAUUAAAAAAAAAAAAAACCAAGUCGAAAGAUCUGAAUCGUUCAAUGUCUGCCGCCAGGUCAGUCUUCCGCUCCGCCGCAAGCCGAGCAUCCGCAGCCGCGUCUAGGUUCUCCACCGGACCCAAGCCUAUGCCUUCAUCGGCGCGGUCCGCGUUUCGGAUGCCUAAACAGAGCCCUCUUUCAAACCGCAUUUUCAGGUCUCCGGUAGAACUGAGCUGUUGCGUGGAGACGAUGCUCCCUUACCACACUGCCACUGCAUCCGCUUUGCUCAAUUCGAUGCUCUCAGCUUCACGACGUGGUUGGAUCGUUGAAGGGCUAGACGAGACUAGAUGAAAGAACUAUCAACAAGAGUGAUAUUGCAAUGAUGAUGUAUGAUGAAAUUACUGGGGAGAGGUCAGCGAUGCAUGCAGUCUAUAAGACAAGGUGGUGGUGUAAUGAAGCUGUUUUUUUCUUUUUUUCUUUUUUGGUUUCUUGAACUUGAUCUUAGGGCAGUUUAUAGGGAGAAGAAACCAUUAGAAGUGAUAAAUAAUCGAGUCGCAUCUCUUAGGUCACAAGGUUUACCUUUUUCUGUAUUACCUUGAUAAAUUGUGUCGAAAAGUUCUAAUGGAGUGUUUGUAUUCUGUUG